GACUUUGACCUCAGCCUUUCCUAGCAGGAAGUCCAGAAUAUUUGCUCUGAAGCAGUUCAACAAAGAAGACUGAUUUGAGGAUGUGUCUAAAUUCUGGAGUAAUCUGAAUCUACUUUUGGAUUUUUGCAGUUAAAUUUAGGAUUUUCUUUAAGGUGUUAAAUAUCACAGUCAAGAAUGUAUGGGGGGAACCCUGUCCCAGUUUUCCCGUCAAGAGGUUUCUCACCCGAGCCGCCGUCCCAGGAGACCGCCAUGUCUCGUCCUAGUGCCAAAUCCAUCUACAUGCAAAGGAAGGAGUAUUCAGGAUCAAUCAGCAGACAGCAAGACAACUUUCAAUACAGAGUAGAGCACCUGUUCACCUGUGUGUUAGAUGGCAGAGAGGUGAGCAGCAUUGACGACUGCGUGAACAGGUUGAAGAAUAUGGACAGUAAAGGGAAAGUGUGGGGUCAGGACAUGAUCAUUCAGGUCCAGGCGAACCAGCUACAGCUGUGUGACAUAGAGACCAAGGAGGCUUUGGAGUCUGUUCACUUGAGCAGCAUCAGUGCGACAAGAGCAGUUCUCGACAGUUGCGUGUAUGACUCCCUUCUCAUUAUCUCGGUUCAGGAUCCCAGCCAGAGAGCUCCACAGGCCUUCUUGUUCCAGUGUGAGGAGAUUGGGGCUCAGGAGGUGGUAAAUGAUCUGGAAAAGGUAAUACAGAAUGGAGGGGAUGUCACACCGCCACCAUUUAAAGAACCGCAGAUAGACAUCAGGAGCCAUCUGGAAAGCAUCAUUGGUCAGGGUUAUCCGGGAAGCAUGAAGAGACCAGCACCCAUUCAGCCAAACCCUCCUCCCCCAGAAUUCCCACCUCCACAGUACAACUAUGAAGACUAUGAUGACAGACGACUCUCUCCCACUAUGCCAUUUCUCCGAGAUGAAGCGCCCUUCAGGCCAAUGCAGUAUGAACAGGAGCAGGCUCCACCUGCAUUCAGUGAUGUGGAGAGAGAUUCGGAGAUUUUUAACCAUGUGGCUGCCGACAUUGAGACCUUUGUAUAUAAAAUAGACUUAGCUUUGCCAAAAAAUGAUGGAAGCAAGAAACAGAAAAAGAAAAAUGCUACAAAAAUGGUUGUACGUCCUCCCCCUGUGGAGGAGUACAUAUCCUGUCUGCAGAAAAUAAAGUAUGGAUUCAACCUUUUGGGAAAACUGGAUGGUCACCUGAAAAACCCUCCUGCUUCUGAUUUUGUUCACAGUCUCUUUUCUUCCCUUGCUUUUGCGGUGAAUCUGUAUCCUCCAAACAUCCCUCCCACGGUGCUGAGUCCACUGCUCACAGAAAAAUCCCUGCAGCUCCUUGGUAGGACUGUCGAACCAAAUGAGGACGCACUGUGGAGCAGUUUGGGUGACGCUUGGAGCAUACCAAGAUCUAAAUGGCCAAACGGGGAUCAGAUCCCUCCGUAUUAUCCCGAAUUUUACGAUGGUUGGCAGCCCCUUCCGCCCGGCCCUUCCCAGUCCCCUCUCGCCAGCAGGCAGCUGUCACGGAGCAACAGCGAGCGCGUCCCUUCCGGGAACGUCAUGCAGAGGCCACCUGAACAGGACGUCAGGCCCUGGAGCGCCCCACCCAUCCGGUCAGCUGAACCGCCAAUCUAUAUGAGAGUGAUCUAUGACUUUAUGGCAAGAAACAGUCAGGAACUGAGUGUGAUGAAGGGUGACAUGGUGCAGGUAACCGACAAGUCUGGGCAGUGGUGGAAAGUGAAAAACAGUCGUAAUGAGGAGGGUUAUGUGCCUCAGAAUGUUCUAGAGCCUGCUGAUGGACAAAGGCCAGCUCAAAAUAUGAGAGGACCCCCAUCUCUAGAUAUGAGAUCUAGACCUGAGGAAGUCAAAGCCUGGUUACAGUACAAAGGCUUUUCUAAAAUGACGCUCCAGAGUCUUGGGGUGUUUAGUGGAGCAAUGUUGCUGGGAAUGAAACGGGAUGAUAUCAGAGCAAUAUGUCCUGAGGAAGGAGGUCGAGUCUUCUUUCAACUGCAGAGCGUCAGAUCGACUGUUGCACUUGCCAGUGAGGCUGAAUACAGCCAGUACGGUGGCCGCUGAUAAUCUGAAGACACUUCUGCAUUUUGAUAGCAAGAAUCUGAACCUGUCUGGACCUGAAUGAACAAGAACUAUUCAUUAAACUUCUCAGCAUUUCCAUUAAUUAGAAAACAAGCUAAGGCUAAUGCCUAUAGACUCGUUCAUCCUCUGCUGCAUAGCGUAACCCUCAGGCAACGGAAAGUUUUUCUCAUGCCCCGUGUUCAGUACAUGUUUUUUUUUUUAAAUGAUUGAAACCAAUUAAAAUGUUUGAAAAGCAGCAAAGAACAGUCCAAUAAGGUAUUUGACUCUCAAGCACCAUUUGUCCUGUUCUGACACAUGAUCACAGGAGCACAUGUUGUGACAAGAAGGCAAAAUUAUUGGCUUUAGUAAUAUUAAAAUGACAUGAACUGUACAUAAAAGGUGUGUGUGUGUGUGUGUGUGUGUGUGUGUGUGUGUGUGUGUGUGUGUGUGUGUGUGUGUGAAAGUGUAGAAAAACUUUCAUCAGGUUUUAUGAAGCUUUUUUUAUUUGCAUGUUCAGAAAAUCUGUUUUUUCUUUUGUUGCACAGUAAGAGGUAAGAAAUGGCUCCUAUACCUAACUAAGAUUUUCCAAUGACAAUACAUAUGGGUGUCUGCAAGGUUUCUGGGUGUUCAAGAAGUGUAAGAUGCACCUCUGUUUCACAGCAGGGAAGAAGUGCUUCUCGAAGUUUAACAUAGAGUAAAAUCUCAUUCCAUGAAGUACAUGAUAUGACGUGACAAACUGCAUUAGGGCUGAGAAACCUUGGUCCUGGAGGGCCACUGUCCUGCAGAGUUGUCACCAACCCCAAUCAAACACAUCAGAACAAGCUAAUUAAUGUAUUUUAUAGAUGACUAGAAAGCUAAAGACUGGUGGCCCUCCAGGACCUCCAGGACCAGUUUUACCUGUACUACAAAACAAACCUACAUCUGUAUCAAAUUCAAUAUAUCAAUGUGUUUUAAGUGUUUUCCCCUUUUUACUUGAUUAUUUGACAUUUUUGGACAAAUGAGUGAUUUUGUAAUGCUCUCUGAACAUUGUAUUAUCAUAUGUAAAUGGAGAAUUUUCUCUGUGAUUUUAUAACAUUGUUGUGACAACGUUGCCCUGAGGCAUGGAGGGUGAGGGGUGGUAAAACAAUGAUUUAUCCAUAAAAUGUUGCCAAAUAAGUCAUAGAAAUUAUGCAGAAUUUUACUUUCACAUGCCAUCAAAAUGCAUGCAGUAGAGAGUUAUAUUACCCUUCAAUCAUGCAAAUGGUGAAUACAUUUAAUGCAUUCAUUUUAUUUAUUUGAUAAAGAUUGUUCCAAUAAAUCAAUUUCCACUGAUGUUAUGUGAUGAUGGGCACAUGUCUAAUGUGGUAUUUAGCUGUUAUAUGUGUAUAAUGUAAAUGAAACAUAUCUGUAACACUGUGAUUGAUCCUGACAGUGUUUGCUAAUUGUUCACUGUAUGGUAAUAAAUAGUCAAUAAUCAA